UCGAUCGUACACCUGACUGACAGACUGACUGUUUGCUGAGAAUGGUUGUAUUUAGAGGGAAUUAAAUGUCAAAUUUUCUAAUACUUCUUUAUAUUUGUGGACGUUACCUUGAUUACAGAAGAAAAAUAUCGUCAUGGCACAACUAGGAACCGAUACAGUUAUGAGCAGUGAUAUUAGAAAUGUUGAUAUAAUCGCGACGGAACAAGUGGAAACAUUUACGGUUUACAUCAUUCAAGUGAUAAUUGGAGAAUGCCAUUGGACGAUCAAGCACCGUUACAGUGAGUUCCACGAGCUGCACGAAAAGCUAGUGUUGGACAAGAAGGUUGAAAAGUCAGCUCUCCCUCCCAAGAAACUAAUUGGUAACACAUCAAAGUCUUUUAUUCAAAAGCGAAAACAAGAACUGGCGAUUUAUUUACAGAAGUUGAUGGAUAGGUACAAUCCAGUACCAACGCAGCUUGCUCGAUUUCUUGAAUUUGAUAUUUACGAUGUGACUGGUGUUUCUCAAGCGCUUGCAAAGGAACUCUUUGAGAAGGGUGACCUUAUUCUAUCAAGUGGUGAAGUCUGCGAGAUGACACCAAUGCAGCUGUUUGCUAUAACAGAAAGGCUAAAGUUGCCAUUACCUACGUGUGUUACUGAUGAUGCUCGAAAUGACCUUGGACACAUCAUGGAUUUCCUCGCACAAUUGAAGUAUCUCCGGAUUGUGGGAUCACACAACAUGCUAGGAACGAGCAACAGAAAGGUUGAUGAACUAGAGUUUGAUGUCAGCUCAUUUAAAAACAUCGUCCACUUACAGAUUGAUAUUUGUGACCUGGUAAAAAUUUCUGGAUUGGAAGUUUUAAAAAAAACCUUGCAGACAAUAUGUGUUCAUAAAUCAGCAGCUACCAUUAAGGACAUUCUGUUGCCAUCAGUCAAGGACUGGGCUUCACCAGAUGACACAUUACAAGAUGGUUGUACAACAGCCUAUGUUCCAGCUUGGAAGUGUAUAACUACAGCAGAUUUCAGUUGCAAUGGUCUAACCACCAUCGAUGAAACUGUGAAACUGAUGCCAAAGGUCGAAUACUUAUUCAUUAGCAAAAACAAGAUCACAGAGGUAUCAAACUUGGAGCACCUUAGCUGUCUGACUUACCUGGAUUUAUCAUUUAAUGAAAUCAAGAAAAUGGAUUGUCUUCACUCUAGGCUCGGCAACAUCAAAACACUAAGGUUGGCAGGAAAUAUGUUGGAGUCGUUAAAGGGAAUGUCUAAGAUGUAUUCCCUUGUUGAGCUGGACGUCAGCAGGAACCACCUGGAAAAUAUUGUUGAAGUUGGUCAUAUUAGCAACCUGCCGUGUUUGGAGGUGUUGCAGAUGUUUGGCAACCCGGUGACAACCAUUCAAGAUUACCGAACGAAAGUGUUUGAAGUAUUUGUGAAUAGAGUGUCUGAGCUCAAUCUGGAUGGAAAGAAAGCAUCAGAGAAAGAAAGGGAUACUGUGGCUGUUCUGAUGGCUAUUCAAAAAUCCAAAGAUCAUAAAGAAAAAUUGACACGACAGACACAUUCACCUCACAAGAAGGAAGGAUCUGCUGAUGAUGAUGAACAAUCAAGUAAAGUAAAUAGAGCAACAAUUAUUGAUCCUGACCGCAGUUCUGAUUCUUCUUCACCCGGUUCAAAUCAGUUCCUUGCAAGCAAUGAAAUUGACAACGCUGAGUAUCGCUCGAAAGUAGAAGCACUGCGGAAUGAAAGUGGAGAGAAAUGGUUGCAAGUGUUCAACGAGCUUCAGGACUCGCCUCAGACCUCACCCAAAGCAGGUCGCAAGAGCAGGUCUCCAAAAAGAGGGCGCUCUCCAGCACGGAUGCCACACAAUGCUUCACCAGCAAACCCAAGAAGGGCUAAUGACACCGAUUGGAAGCCAACAUUACAGUGGCAAAGUCAGCAAGGGAGCGAGCCAUUUGUACUUAGUGCCACAACACUCGCACUUGUUAUUUUUGAAGAAAUUCCUCGCUAUUCCGCCAGAACUUUAGUAGAGUUGAACAAAGUUUUGAUGCAAAUUCGUAUGGAGCUUGUUGGACCGAUUCUUUACACAUGUGGACCACUGGAACGCAGUGCCAUGAAACAUGGACAGUAUACAAAACCGGGAAACAACGGCCCAUCGAUCGCAGAAUACUUACGAUGCGUGCAUGCUGAAGUGCAGGAUGAGUAUGUGAAAUAUAUGCGUAGUUUAUAUCAAGGUCAUAGUGAACUAAAAUCUAAUAAAGUGAAGGUAAAUAAAGAAGUAUUGGCUAAUGUGUUAGCUUAUUUUUUGAAUGUAAUAGAGGAGCGAGAUUUGCAGAAAAAGUUGGAAGCUGUUGAGAUGGAGAAUGAAAAAGAUUCAAAAGAGAGAAAGUCGAGCAGCAGCAGUACAGGGGGGUUGAAUCUCGGUCCAAGCAUUAAAAAACCGAACAGUCCCACAAUUGUGGUGAAUCCCAUAGUAAAGGUUGAGGACGCUGGUUCAAGUAACAGUACUAACAAUACAGAAACCGUGACCACUGAUGGUCCAGGCACAGAUAGAGUGCUUACAACAACAGAAAGCAAAGAAAUUGAUGCAACAAUAAAACAUUUUCCUACAACUUCGCCUUCUGUACAUGCUGAAGAUGCUCCGUCAGGUUUACCCAGUAUCAUGUACGAUGAACAGACAUUAGUAAGCCUAAACACAUGUUAUGAAGACAAGCUACAUUUAUCCCAUCUCACUCAAUGUAACAAAGUCACAGACCUACACUUGAGUCCGACAUUGCAACAGAUAGCAUGUCUAGAAGAUGAGCAAAUCAUUAAGUAUUUCCACGAAAAUGUUGCACAAAUCUCAAAAGAGAAGGAAUGGCUUAGCCACAUUCUUUGGUCAAAGGUCAUAUUCUACAUUCAUCCCAAUGACGAGCUUACAUACUGCCUGUUUCUAAGCAACAAAGCACUCUACUUUGUCAGCGACCAGGGACUUCAGUUGAAACCAAAACAACAUUUUAGAGGUCACAAACGCUAUCAAAGCGAUUCUUUUGUUGGUGUUCGUAACAGUGUCUCUGCAAAUAACAUAAUGAACUUCUGUGCUGGACGCCCUGGAUUACCUUCCUCCGCCAGUGGUGACCUCUUAAAUGUCAACUCGGCUAGUUAUGUGAACAGGGUGAAAUGUCAGCAUGUCUUACAUUUCGAGAACUUGGAUGAGGUAAUUAUGGGUUUGUUUGAUCAAAAACUUCGUCUAACAGGUAGAAAUGCUGGCGAUACGGUAACCCUUAUGACAAGAGAUUUCAACAAGACUUUAAAAUUUGUUGAAAAGCUCAUGGAGAAUUUACCCGUCCCUGAACAAAUUGAAGAAGAGGAUUCCCGUACCCGAAGCUUUUCAGGUGGAGAUAUGUACAAAGCAUCACUAGAUGCUCGCAAAAGCUCAGAGACUUCUGAAUUUGUACACCCAAGUAAAGUCAAAUUUAUUUACCCUAACGACGAGACGAUUACUGAAUUGGCAUUUUUUAUUGUUGAGAAAGUGGCGAAUAAGGCCCUUAAUGCAGAAGAGGUGAAGGUUGUUGCAUAUUCUCUUCUUUUCGAGAAGCAGCAAUCGCAGGAAUCACCGUCAACAGAGGAGACAGAAGAAAAUUCUGCGUAUGAAGCCCGUACAUUUGUCAUAACCGAUUCCCAUCUAGCGUUGUGCAAGGAAGACCAUGUUAGUUAUCCCAUUCCAAGCUAUGCACGAUCCAUUCCAGAAAAACCGCAAAUAGUAGUCACCGCAGUCCAACCAACAAGUGACUUGACAGAGAUUGAACUCAAUGAAGCGUUACCAAAGAAUCUGACUCUCGUUUUUCAUAACCCAGAGAUAGUCGUGGAUGUACACAAGGAACACUUCAGUACCACAUCAGACGAGAAUAAGAAUGCUGAUAGGAUUCGGUGGUACUUGACAGUUCACACGUCACAGCAGCGUGAUCGACUCAUUAAACUUCUUCAGCAGCAGUGGCUACAAAUACACGAUGAUAAAGAAUUACCGGUCAUUGGCCAGAAAAAAAUUAAUCAUAACGAAUAAGCUAUGGUGAUAUACUUAAGUAUACAUAUUAAGAUACUACUAAUAUCUAUUUGAUAGAAUUAGAUUUUUUAUAAAUGUUGAUACAAUUUUUUUUUGUUUUAAUGAUGUUUAGUACAGUGCAAUUUUUCAUUUUUUGAAUUUUAUUCUGAAUUUUAAUUGUUUUUUAAGGUCAAAGGGUUCAUUGUCACGCUAAAAUAAAAGCCUUUUUUGUUUCAGAGUUGUUUUUUUAUUUUUUAUUUAUUGUAUUUAGAAUGUAUUUUAAAUAACUUUUUUCCCAUUUUUUAUGUUAUAUAUUUGUACCAUAUAAAGAAGCAGCUAUUUGGUGUUGUUUACUUAAAAAUAAAAACAUACAUUUUUAAAAGAUGGUUGGACCAUUUUUUGUACAUAGGAAAAUAGUAGAUUCAAAUUUUGGUCCAAUAUUAUCCCAAUGAAUUUCAUGAAUUCUAUGGUUAUACUAGUGAACAAACAGACAUUUUUCCUGUAAAGAUUUUAAAGAUAAACAUUCCAGUGGAAUUUUGGA